AUGGACUGCGAGGCACCAACGUGCCGCAUCUGUUACCGCCGAAAGGCCACCGGACAGGGACCUCUUAUUGCUCCUUGCUCUUGCCGGGGCUUAAUCGGCUUUGCCCACAAGCGCUGCCUGGAGACGUGGCUGCGCGAAAAGGACACCAACCAGUGUGACGUCUGUCUGCAGCCCAUUUCCGUGCGCAACAAGCCUAUGCCUAUCUGGUACUUCUUCCGAGACCCAAAGCACCGGAGAGACGUCGUGCGCAUGCUGGUGAAUGCGCUGUCGUGCCUAGGUGACGUAAUGGUGCUGUCUUUCGCCUGGACCUACGCCAGCGGCUUUCUUGGCAGUGUCGGAUGGCUGACCUACCUGUUCAUCUUGGGUGUGCUGCUCUUCCAAACGGUCUUCUGGAUGAUGGUAGAAGUGAUACGAAUUGUGUAG